AUGCCUCGCCACACCAUCACAGCGCUAGACAGUAUCGCCCGACGUCUCCUCCCCUCUGGUGCCCCCCUCCGCUCCUCAGAACGGCGACGCAUCACACGAGGACAGGGAGGGAAGGACAGGGCGGGAAACCAAGUGGUGCUGAAUCCAGGGGUGAGAAGAUCGGCAAGGCAGGCCGCGAUGAGGGAGAAGCAGAGCGCGUCGUUUGUUGAUGUUGAAGAGGAGAAUGGAGAAGAAGAGCAUGAUGAGGAAAUUGGUGGUAAGGAGAAGACACGACGAAGACGACGACAGCGUUUCUCUCUCGGUGAACUUGAACUGUCUGUCCCUCCUGCCGAGUUGAAAGCUGGAGAGCUCCCUCCUCCCUCCUCAGAUCUACUCAAGACGAUCCACCACAUGGCUGCUUCGCAAUAUGCCUCACAGUCCCUCCUCUUCCAAAGCUCCGCUCGAGCUAAAAGAGAACGAAGGCUCGCUCGUCUUAAGCUUGACCAGAAAAACCGUGCGAAACAUGGGGGGAAGAUGACCAGGGAGCUUGGUGGAGACGGUCCAGAAGAAGAGAGUGAGGAGGAGGACGAGGAAAGCCGUGUGGAUAGAGAAGGGGAUGGCAGAGUAAGAGAUUUGUACAGAGCUUUUGAUGGUAGCGCGUUGGCUGUAUUGGGUGUGCUUCUGCAAGAACACAUCAAACAUCAGAUGCUUUCGAAACGAACUUAA